GUCUGGUUCAUUGGGUCAGUAUGACUACAUUUUGUGGCACAGCGAAUGGCGAAACAGUUAAGCUGUCAGUGAUGUUCUUGUGAAGCACAUUCCUGUCACAGACAAGAUCUUCCUUCCAAGAAUAGUGGGUCAUUCAACUCCAGAGACAGGGAACCACUUCAUCCUUUGGGUGAUCCACCAUAAAACAUUCAAGGUUUUAUUUUAUUGUUUGACUUUAAUGGAAUUGGACAGGUGAAUAUUUCAGUGUGACAUUUUUGGCCAACAUGCAUUUGUUCAUCAACCUACAUUAAAUGAUGCUGAAACACCAAAAGCCAUAACCUAUACCAUGACCUACAUAUAAACUUAUAUCAGUUGAGCUAAAACUUUGUUAUGCAUUUUGAUAUGUAGUAAUGACACAUUUGUUGUCGUAGGUGUUUGACUUCAAAGUCAAAGAAAUUAGGAUAUACGACUCACUGACGGCUCACACACGUAUCAAAGACAAUGACAUGGAGCUCCUCAGAAAUGUCUUCAGACUAUCUGGUGGCCUCCAAGGUUGGAGUGUCAAAUAUCCUUCACAGUGGAAGCAGCAGGACUCAGUCAGCUGCAGCUGAAAAUGAAGUUACUAAUCUGGAGGUUACUGUGGAGGCCCUAACCCUGAACCAGUGUAGGACUCUGCGUCUGCACCAUGCCACCCAGAUGAUCAAAAACCUGAAUGCUGAGGACUUUCCACUGACAAAGGAAGACCUGUUAAAGGUGGAAGAAAAAGAAGCAAAGCUGCAGGAAGCAGAUGCAAAAGAGAAAAACUCCAGCAGCCAUUGCCUGGCCUGGAAGAUAAAUGUUUUCCAUGAGCACAUCAAGACAUACACAUGGGUGCAAUGCACAGUUUGUAAAAACUGGCUGCAUUUUAAGUGUGCUGGUGUGGAGGGUGACUGGAAAUCCAAAGACUUCUUUUGUGGAUGCGACAUUGUGCAAAAUGUAGACAACAUCAUGGAGUCGGUUGAGGCAGAUGACAUUCUGUCCGAUGGAGAGAUAAAGGAUUUGGAGAAAAAACUACUAAGUGGGCAGGUUCUCACCAACAGAAUGUAUCUGUGGAGACACAGGGGGUUUGAUCCAGCUGUAAAAAAGCUGUACAGUGAACAUCUCACUGUGUUUGACGACAUGAAGCUGAAAUUCAACACGCGGUAA